CGGACAACAUUUAAUAAAUAUACUGUCUGUUUACCAGGACAGUUGUGGUUUAGUUACAGAAAAUGACGGAAACGCUCACUUCAACGCGUGGAGGAUUUUUAGACUUCAGUCCGGUGAGAAGAGACAACAAUAACAAGGAAAAUGACCUUCCGGUUCUGAGUUUGAUCCAGUUUUCUAAGGCUCCGUUUGUAACGUUUGGAUCCGUAAAACUGGGAACCUCCAAGUCGGCUGUUCUGCGUAUUGACAAUCCUACCGAGGAUGCAGAAGCGGAGGUUACAGUGGAAAGGAUCCCAUCCAGUAAAGGCUUUUCUGUGGAUCACAACACCUUCACCAUUCAGCCUGAGGCCUCCUUCACUUUGACAGUAACUUGGACUCCAACAGAGGAAGGUGGAAUUCGAGAGCUUAUCAUUUUCAACGCCAAUGGAGUCCUCAAGCAUCAAGCUGUUCUUCUUGGGAGGGCAGAAGCACCAAAAAAGAAAAAGAAAACCUUAUGGGACUCAAUCAAAAACAAAAGACAGGGUGAAAAGGUAACUGUACCCAGGGGUAAGAAAAUGGAGCCAGCCCUGAAGAUGGCAGCCAAUAAAACUUUCCAAGUGUCACGAAAGCCAGAGUACAAACGGAGUAAGCCCCGUAGCCCACUGGCUUUGUUCAACGAAGGCAAAACUGUCAGCGAGAGAAGAUCCCUCUCCAAGCUUAGCGCUAUUGACAGUCACCCUCAGGAAUCGGAUGAGCAGAAGGUUUUAAAUGCUGCACAGAGGCGGUCCGUGGCGUUGUCGGACCAGGAGAACAUUCAUAAUGUGCAGACAAGUUCUCCUCACAUCCUUCUCAUUCCGGACACAAAGAUGUUAGACUCUGGCAAUGUUUCUGCUGGACAAGACAGAUUUUUGGGCAAACUUGAAAAUAAAGACCUUACCAAAAUGUUAAACAGGACGCUGUCCCCUAUUGGCACACCAGAGAGGUUCAAAAAGCUCAUGCCUCACAUUCAGUCUGUUGAAAGUCCAGCUCCUGUUGGUGCAGACACUGAUGAUGCUGACAGUGUGUUGAACAGAACUCCGGUUCUGUCUUUAAAAGAGGCCCUGGCCCUCAUUGACUCGGAUCUGCACCAUAUUAACACCACUCCUCCAGACAUUAAUUCUAGUUGUGAGUUUUCUGAUUCACUUGAAUCAAAGAGCGGCAAAGGAGAACAUCAGAUCAAAGCGGCCCCCGACAGCCCAGAGUCAAAUGAACCCAGACUGACUUUCUUUGUCAGCAAAAAAGUGGUUGUAAGUGAGGUUGUUUCAGAAGUAGAACCCGAUAAAGCUGUAACAAAAGUCAAAAAGACGUCUUUUACAUCUGCCACUGUGACGAAGAGCAAAGCACCAGUGGAGGCGAACAGUGCAAGUGGCCGGAAAAUAAAGAAGUCAAGACGGAGGCUGUUGGAGAAAACUCUGGAGCUGUCGGACUACAGCAGUCAGAACGAGUCUGGACCAGGGACUCCAUCCCUUCCUGUGAUAGAUGUGGACGCAGGACUCAAGGAUCAGCAAAGCUUUGUAUCUGGCGGGCAGGAAUGCCAGGAGUUCACAUCCUCCAGCCCCAGGUUGGGUGGAGCGCCUGCACCCAUCACCUUCCUUGUCACCUCUCCUCUGACUGUGGCUCCGUCUCACCUCUCUUUCUCGGUCUGUUCUCCGCCUGCACCUCCUGCUCCCAUCACAUUUACAGUUACAUCUCCAAAACCAACUCCUCCACUUCACCACAGCCUCACAUCAGUCCACCAAAUGUGUGAGGUGUCUCCAGUUGUUUCUGCACCACACCUUGUUUCGGCACCUCCACCUGCUCAGGAGGAAUCGUUCCCCAUUCACUUGACAGCGAACGGCAAGAAAAGGAAGAGUGAAGAGUUUCUAAGAAUCGAUGGAAAGACUGAGAAUGCUGGGAAAACAGAUCAGGUCAAGAGGAGUAGGGUGGCAACUGUAAAAAGUGAACCGAACAGAGUGGUGCAAGAGAAAAGAAAUGCAUCACAGAGACCGCGGCCGAGAGCAGCAGGCUCCAUACGCUCAGCGUCUUCCUCAUCUGUAAAGAGCACCAGGUCUGCAGUACCUCCUCAGACGAAGCAACACGGCGCCAAACUAACUUCUCGAGGUGCUCAUUCUGUGAAGUCGUCUGGCGUGUCGUCUGUGAGGAAGGCAAAAGUUGUCGCUGUAGCACAGUCGAAGCUCACCUUCAUUAAACCGGCCCAAACAGCCAUACCUCGACAUCCAAUGCCAUUUGCUGCCAAGAACAUGUUCUACGAUGAGAGGUGGAUUGAGAAGCAGGAGAGAGGAUUCACCUGGUGGAUCAACUACGUCCUCACCCCAGAUGACUUUAAAGUCAACACUGAAGUCACUAAAGUGAGUGCUGUAUCCCUUGCUAUGGGCAGCGACGACAGGUUCAGCGUUCCCAAAGCUCCCACCAAAGAGGAGAUGUCCUACAGCACCUACACAGCCCGACGGAAGCUAAACCGCCUGCGCCGUUCAGCCUGUCAGCUGUUCACGUCCGAGGCCAUGGUCAAAGCCAUUCAGAGGCUCGAGAUCGAGGUGGAGGCCAAGAGGCUGCUUGUGCGCAAAGAUCGCCAUCUUUGGAAGGACAUAGGUGAACGCCAAAAAGUUCUCAACUGGCUUCUUUCAUACAAUCCUCUGUGGUUACGGAUCGGGCUUGAGACGAUCUACGGGGAGCUGAUUUCACUGGAGAGCAACAGCGAUGCCUUGGGUCUGGCGAUGUUCAUCCUUCAGCGGCUGCUGUGGAACCCAGACAUCGCUGCAGAGUUCAGACACGCCAAAGUACCUCAUCUGUACAAAGACGGCCAUGAGGAGGCGCUGUCUCGCUUCACUCUGAAGAAGCUGCUGUUGCUGGUCUGUUUCCUGGACAAGGCCAAAGAGUCCAGACUGAUCGAGCAUGACCCCUGUCUGUUCUGCAUGGACGCAGAGUUCAAGACCAGUAAAGACCUGCUCCUGGCCUUCUCCCGGGACUUCCUGAGCGGAGAGGGGAUCCUCCCCCGACAUCUGGGCUUCCUCGGGUUACCCGUCUCCCACGUACAGACGCCCCUGGACGAGUUCAACUUUGCGGUGAAGAAUUUGGCAGUUGACUUGAAAUGCGGCAUCCGUCUAGUACGGGUGAUGGAGCUACUCAUCCAGGACUGGAGUUUGUCAGCGAAGCUCCGUCUUCCAGCCAUCAGCCGCCUUCAGAAGGUCCACAAUGUCGACAUCGCUCUGCAAGUGCUCAAGAGCAAAGGUGUCGACCUCAAAGACGACCACGGCUCCGUGAUUGACUCCAGAGACAUCGUAGACGGACACAGAGAGAAGACACUCAGCCUCCUGUGGAAAAUCAUCUUUGCUUUUCAUGUGGAGGUGAUUUUGGAUGAAGAUCAGCUGAGGGAGGAGAUUGGCUUCCUGAAGAAAACCCUGAGGACCAAGCGGCGGUUGUUGUCUCUGAGGGCCGAUCGAGGCUUUCAGGCGAGUCCUGCAAAGGCCAAGGCACCGUACGAACACAGCAGCACCAAGAUUACCCUGCUGAUGGACUGGGUCCGCUCUGUAUGUGACUUCUACAGUCUGAAGGUGGAGAACUUCACUGUGGCAUUCUCAGAUGGCCGUGUCCUCUGCCACCUCAUCCACCAUUACCACCCGAGUCUGCUGCCAGAGGAGGCCGUCAGUCACAGCACCACUCAGACUGUCGAGUGCUCACCAAGGGGUCGCCUGGAGCUCAACUGCUCUGCCAGCGACUCUGACAAUUCCUUCGACUUCUCGGCAACGGGCCCGAACGCCCCCGAUUCACCCUGUGUGGAAUUUAAAGAACUGCUGGAAAAUGAGAAAAACAACUUCAGACUUGUCAACUCUGCCGUGUCCUUCCUCGGUGGGGUUCCUGCUAUGAUCAAUCCAGCCGACAUGUCAAACACCAUCCCGAAUGAGAAGGUUGUGAUGUCUUACCUGUCCUUCCUGUGCACGCGUCUUCUCGACCUGCGGAAUGAAACCAGAGCCGCUCGAGUCAUACAGGCUGCCUGGAGAAAAUACAGACUAAAGAAAGACCUACAGCUCUUCCAGGAGAGAAACGCAGCUGCUGUGAAAAUCCAGUUUCUUGUGCGGAGUUUUCUUCAGCGACGCAGAGAGAAGAGGCAGAGUCGAGCCGCCGUCGUCAUCCAGGCAUUUUGGAGAGGUUACGUAGCCCGCAGGAAACUCAGGCUACAAAGAGAAGCUCAACUCCAGCUUCUGCGGAAUAAGGCAGCAACCACUAUCCAGGCUCAGUGGAAGAUGUUUUCAGCCCUCAAGGCUUUCCAACGCCUCAGAUAUUAUACCAUUGUUGUCCAAGCACAGUGGCGUAUGAGGAGGGCGGCGGCUGCUUAUGGAAGAAUGUACUGGGCAGCGACAGUCAUUCAGAAGCACUCUCGUGCAUGGGCUCUUGCAAAAAGACAGCGGUACAGCUAUCUAAUCCUCAGAACUGCGGCGAUGAAAAUACAAAGGGGGUAUCGAAGAUGGAGAGCCCAGAAGACAGAAAGAGAAAACUGCUCAGCCAGGGUGAUACAAGCUGCCUUUAAGAAAUGGUACAAGAGAAAAAUGGCAGAAAGAACUGCUGCUGUUGUAAGAAUUCAGUCUUGGUACAGGAUGCAGAGGUGUCUCCAUCAAUACAGAAAGAUUCAGAGAAGCACACUACUCAUUCAAGCCCAGUACAGAGGAAAUGUACAGAGGCGUCGCUUUCAGAGGCUGAAGCUUCAGCACCACUCUGCCAUUGUCAUCCAGAGUGCUUUCAGAGGGCAUACUGUCAGAAAACAAGUGGCAAAGAUUAGAUUGGCUGCAGUCGUAAUCCAGCGAAGGUUCAGGGCCUCUGUGAAAAGAGAUACAGAAAGGCACCUGUUUGUGAAGAAGAGAUGUGCUGCCAUUACUAUACAGGCGGCCUAUCGUGGAAAAUUGGCUCGGGAGUUAUUGAAAAAGCAGCACAAGUCAGCGACACUGAUCCAGGCCGCCUUCAGGAAGUAUGCGACGCAGAGACACUACCUCCUCAUGAGGAAAGCUGCUACUGUGAUACAGCAAAAAUUUAGAGCCACAACUUUGGCUCGUGAGACAAGGAAAGAUUACGCGGCUCUUAGAAACGCUGCCAUCGUUAUCCAAGCUAACUGGAGAGGAAGAGCUGACAGGAAGCAAAUAACAAAACGGAAUCGGUGUGCAACACUGAUACAGGCCUGCUACCGUCGACAUAUAGCACAAGAAGAUUACAGGUCAAAGAAGGCAGCGGCUAUCGUCAUCCAGCGACGCUUCAGAGCUUAUGUGGCAGGAAAGGCGAUCAGGAAAGCAUACCUGGACAAGAGAGCAGCCUGUGUUGCUCUGCAAGCAGGAUUCAGAGGCAUGAAAGUUAGGACAGAGAUGAAGAAAAAGCACCGAGCAGCUACUGUGAUUCAGUCCCGUGUUAGGAUGUUUUUAUGUAGAAAGCGUUACGUUCUCCUUCAAAGUGCAGCCGUUAUUAUUCAGAGCAGGUACAGAGCUCUAAUGAUCUGCCAGAAACAGCAACGUGAGUACAGACAGCUGAAGCAGGCCACUAUAAAGAUACAAGCUGUUUACAGGGGAUUUCGAGUAAGGAAAGACCUGCAGAUUAAGCACAAUGCGGCCACAGCAAUACAAGCUCAGUUUAAGAUGUAUAAAAUGCGCAUGAUUUUCCUCGCCACCAAAUGUGCCGCCAUCAUUAUUCAGGAGCGCUACAGGGCCAAAAUGAUCAGGGAUAAACAAAUGCAGAAGUACAGAGCUAUGAAGUCUGCUGCUGUAACUAUCCAGGCAGCUUAUCGUGGUUACAGGGUCAGGAGGGAGAUCGAACAAAUGCACAGAGCAGCUACAGUCAUUCAGAGAAAAUUUCUCACCAUGCAGGCGAGAAAUCAAUUCGUAGCUCUCAAGGCCGCAGCUUUGGUUUGUCAACAGAGGUACAAGUCUGUGGUGAUGGCACAAAGAGACCGUUGUGAGUUUCUGUCAAAGCGCAGAGCAGUUAUUUGUCUCCAGGCGGCCUGUAGAGGAUACAAGGUCAGACGGCAGCUGCGUUUGGAGCAUAUGGCAGCCAGGACUAUUCAAUCUCACGUCCGAAAGCACCAACAGAGAACUUACUACAAGAGCGUCUGCUGGGCUGCCAAAGUAUUUCAAGCACGUUACAGAGCCAAGAAAAAAAUGAGAGAGGAGAUGCAUGCUUUUAAAGCCAAGAGAGCGGCCGCCGUUGUCUUACAAGCUGCCUUCCGAGGUAUGAGAUCCAGACGAAUCAUGCAACAUAGAUGCCAGGCUGCUAGUCUUAUCCAGAGAGCUUACAGAGCACACUGUGAGCGCAAACAUUAUCUUACCCUAAAAUCCUCUGUGAUCACCAUCCAGCAGAGGUAUCGGGCAGCUAUGGCAGCAAAGCAGCAAAGGAAACAAUACUUGCAAAUGUGUAGGGCUGCAGUCAUCCUUCAGGCAGCUUACAGAGGACAACGGGUCAGGAAAGAGGUAGCACGUUGGCAUAGGGCCGCUACGAUUAUCCAGACAACAUUCAGGAAACACAGAGAGGAAGUCAAAUUUAAGGCAAUGCGUCUGUCGGCCAUUAUCAUCCAGAGACGCUAUCGCUCCAUUGUUCUCCAAAGACAAGAAAGGGAGAAGUUCCUAAAAUUAAGGAAUUCUGCCCUUGUUCUCCAGGCAGCUUUUAGAGGUCACUGUGUCCGAAAGAACGUCACAAAAAUGCACAAGGCAGCCACUGUCAUUCAGGCAAAUUUCAAGAGGCAUAAGCAGCAGGUGGCCUUCAGGAGGCAACGUUGGGCAGCCUGUGUCCUACAGCAAAGGUUUAGAGCUCAGAGACAGAAGAACAUGGAGAUUGAACAUUAUCAACAGCAGAGGAGAGCUGUCAUUUUAUUACAGGCGGCAUAUCGUGGCAUGAAAUCCAGACAACAUGUCAAACAGAUGCACCAGGCUGCCAGUGCUAUACAGAGAUCUUACAGAGCUCACUGUGACCGCAAGAAGUAUCUGGCAUUGAAAUCUUCUGUAAUUACUGUUCAGCGACGGUAUCGUGCCACAGCAGCAGCAAAGAAACAAAUGCAACAGUUUCAAAAAAUGCGUGAAGCUGCAGUAAUCCUCCAGGCAGCAUACAGGGGCCAGCGGGUUAGAGAGGAAAUUUGUCGUUGGAAUCUGGCGGCAACCGUGAUCCAGUCUGCAUUCAGAAAGCACAGGGAGGAAGUCAAAUUUCAGGCCAUGCGCCUCUCUGCCAUUAUCAUCCAGAGAUACUAUCGUGCCUAUGCUCUCCAAAGACAAGAAAGAAGCCGCUUCCUAAAAUUAAGGAAUUCUGCCCUUGUUCUCCAGGCAGCUUUUAGAGGUCACUGUGUCCGAAAGAACGUCACAAAAAUGCACAAGGCAGCCACUGUCAUUCAGGCAAAUUUCAAGAGGCAUAAGCAGCAGGUGGCCUUCAGGAGGCAACGUUGGGCAGCCUGUGUCCUACAGCAAAGGUUUAGAGCUCAGAGACAGAAGAACAUGGAGAUUGAACAUUAUCAACAGCAGAGGAGAGCUGUCAUUUUAUUACAGGCGGCAUAUCGUGGCAUGAAAUCCAGACAACAUGUCAAACAGAUGCACCAGUCUGCCAGUGCUAUACAGAGAUCUUACAGAGCUCACUGUGACCACAAGAAGUAUCUGGCAUUGAAAUCCUCUGUAAUUACUGUUCAGCGAAGGUAUCGUGCCACAGCAGCAGCAAAGAAACAAAUGCAACAGUUUCAGAAAAUGCACGAGGCUGCAGUCAUCCUCCAGGCGGCAUACAGGGGCCAGCGGGCUAGAAAGGAAGUUUGUCGUUGGAAUCUGGCAGCAACCGUGAUCCAAUCUGCAUUCAGAAAGCACAGGGAGGUAGUCAAAUUUCAGGCCAUGCGCCUCUCUGCCAUUAUCAUCCAGAGAUACUAUCGUGCCCAUGUUCUCCAAAGACAAGAAAGAAGCCGCUUCCUAAAAUUAAGGAACUCUGCCGUUGUUCUCCAGGCAGCUUUUAGAGGUCACUGUGUCCGAAAGAACGUCACAAAAAUGCACAAGGCAGCCACUGUCAUUCAGGCGAACUUUAAGAGGCAUAGGCAGCAGGUGGCCUUCAGGAGGCAACGUCGGGCAGCCAGUGUCCUACAGCAGAGGUUUAGAGCUCAGAGACAGAAGAACAUGGUGACUGAACAUUAUCAACAACAGAGGAGAGCUGUCAUUUUAUUACAGGCAGCAUAUCGUGGCAUGAAAACAAGACAAAAUGUCAAACAGAUGCACCAGGCUGCCAGUGCUAUACAGAGAGCCUAUAUAGCCUAUUGUGAGCGCAAACAGUAUCUGGCCUUCAAAUCCUCUGUAAUCACAAUUCAGCGGCGAUAUCGUGCUACUGCAGCAGCAAAAGAACAAAUACAGCAAUACCAAAAAAUGAAAAGUGCAGCUGUGGUCCUUCAGGCAGCAUACAGAGGCCAUCGCAUCAGGAGAGAGGUUGCAUGUUGGCACAGAGCCGCUACAGUGCUCCAGUCUGCAUUCCGAAAACACACAGUGGAGGUCAAAUACAAGGCCCUACGUCUGUCUGCCAUUAUCAUUCAGAGGCAUUACCGAGCCGUUGUUCUUCAAAGACAAGAAAGAGUAAAAUUUCUCAAAGCCAGACAUUCUGCAGUUGUUCUCCAGGCAGUUUUUAGAGGUCUUUGUGUGCGCAAGAAGGUUGCCAGAAUGCAUAGGGCAGCCAUUGUCAUUCAAGCCAACUUCAAGAGGCACAAGGAGCAGACUGCCUUCAGGAGGCAACGCUGGGCAGCCUGUGUCUUACAGCAGAGGUUUAGAGCUCAGAGACAGAAGAGCGUUGAGAUGAAUCAUUAUCGACAGCAGAGGAGAGCCGUCAUUUCAUUACAAGCGGCAUAUCGUGGGAUGAAAUCCAGGCAAAAUGUCAAGCGGAUGCAUCAGGCCGCAAGUGCUAUCCAGAGAGCUUACAGAGCCCACUGUGAACACAAGCAGUAUCUUAACCUGAAGUCAUCUGUCCUUACCAUUCAGCGAAAAUAUCGGGCAACUGUGGCAGCCAAAGCACAAAGGAAACACUACCUGGAAAUGCAACGCUCAGCCAUCGCUCUUCAGGCAACGUACAGGGGCAUACGGGUCAGAAAAGAGGUUGCUGACUGGCAUCAGGCAGCCACUGUGAUCCAGUCUGCAUUCAGAAAACACAGGGAGGAAGUUAAAUUUCAAGCCAUGCGUCUGUCUGCUAUUAUCAUCCAAAGAUUCUACCGUUCCUGGGUUCUUCAGAGACAAGAAAGAGAGAAGUUCCUCAGUGUGAAACAGUCCACCAUCGUGCUCCAGGCUGCUUUUAGAGGCUGGCAUGUCAGAAGGGACAUAGUUCGACAAAGUCAAGCUGCCACUGUAAUCCAAUCACACUGGAGAUGCUUGGUCCAGAGGCGACUCUUCCAGAAGAAGAGGGAGGCAACUGUAAAACUGCAGCACAGGAUCCGGGCUGUUUGGCUUUGCCAGGUGGAAAGGGAAAAAUUUACCCAAAAGAGGCAGGCAGCCAUCACACUCCAGACGCACUGCAGGGCCUGGAUUGCACGAAGAAAGGCCCUGGAGGCAGCCAAUGCACAGAGGAGGCUCCAGUUCACUGCAGCCAUAUUCCACCAUCUCCAUGCAAUAAAGAUUCAACGAGCUGUAAGAGCCCACUGGGCUCUGCAGUCUGCGAAAAAACAGAUUCAUUCUGUUAUCACCAUACAGCGUUGGGUUAGAGCCUGGUGUCAAAGGCGACAAUACCUGGAGGAUAAAAGGAAGGUGGUUACAGCCCAGAGAGCAGUGAAACGCUGGUUUUCCCGACGCCAAAAGGCCGCCUGUGUCAUCCAGCAGGCCGUCCGGAGGUUCCUUCUCCUCAGGCGCCAGAAGAGGGUUCAGCAGGGCAUUGUCAAAGCUCAGGCUCUGUGGAGAGGAUACCGCUCCCGCAAACUGAAUGAUAAUCCCAAGGUGGUAAAGCUGAGGCAUCGCUUGCAAAAAGUCACCGCUGGUGCCCGAGAGGAGGACAAACUGUGCAACAAGACAUCAUCCGCCCUGGAGUAUCUCCUUCGAUACAAACACUUCUCGUACAUUUUGGAGGCCCUGAAAAAUCUGGAGACCGCCACCCGGCUGUCCCCCGAGUGCUGCGAGCGUCUCGUAGAGAGCGGAGCCACCAACGUCAUCUUCACCCUCAUCCGCUGCUGCAACAGGAGCGUCCCCUGCAUGGACGUCAUCACCUACUCCAUUCAGAUCCUCCUCAACCUCUCCAAGUAUCACAAGACCAUCGAGGCGGUGUAUUCGGUGGAGAACUCUGUGGAGACGCUGCUGGACUUGUUGCAGAGGUACAGGGAGAAGGCGGGCGAUAAAGUUGCAGAAAAGGGCGGCAGCAUCUUCACCAAGGCCUGCUUCCUUCUGGCUCUGCUUCUACAAGACAAACAUCGAGCAUUGGAGGUUAUGAAGCUGCCCAAGGUCCUCGACAGGAUCCAAAGUAUUUACCGCCUCACCGCUCGCAAACACAAGAUGGAUGCGGAAAGAACUGUGGUCAAGCAAAAGAUGAACGCGUCGGUCAACGGGAGCUUUUACAUUCAAGCGACACCUCGUAAACCCCGUCCAGCGCCAAAAUUUGCACCGGAGUGGGUUCUCCGAAAGGAUAAGCUCAAAGACAUCGUGGACCCCCUGAGGGCCAUUCAGAUGGUGGCAGAGACACUGUCCAUCGUAUUGUAAAUAGAUGUUUUUUUUGUUGUUUUUUAAUGUCUUUCAAUCAUCUCCAUUUCCCAUUUUUAGACUGUUUUGAAUGUAUGUUUUCAUUCACUCAUUUCCUGUUGACGUGUUUUCCAUUAAAUGUACAGAAUAAAAGGAAUUUGCCUGUUUUUUU